CGAUCCCAUGGGUAGGCCUCAAGGUAGCCGUGCUUUUAUGCAUCGAACUUCUCAGGGUGCAAGUACACGCAUGUAGCUGAAGCGGGAGACGACAGUUCAUGAUGUCCGUGGUGGGACCCAUGGAUGUAGAGAUCUCUUUUAGUUAUCGCAACAUCUUCUCGUCGGAACAUGAGAAGCGAAAGGCGUAGUAGUUGAUUUUGCCACUAUGGAAUCGAACAUGCCGCUUGUUACUCCUCAACACCUUGGCCCAAAAGUGAACAUCACGGUUUGGAUAUGUUUCGUUAUCGCCGGUCUAGCAGUUGCUGCAAAGGUUUUGACGAAACUGGGGCGUUCCCAGCGGCAUAUAAGACUCUCAAAUCUGGAGGUUGACGACUAUAUCCUUUUGGCAUCCUGGACCUUCGCCGCUGGCCAAAGCAUCUCCAUUUCGAGGCAAGUAAAUGCUGGGUUGGGAGAACCCAUCUCGAACCUCCCGGCUGAUAGAAUAACGAACUAUGAAAAAUCGGGAUAUGCGGGGCAAUUGCUCUACAUAUGCGUACUCUUUACAGCGAAGAUUGCAGGAUGCCUCUUCGCCCUGAAUCUGCAACCUCACCCCAACUUUAAAAUCAUGAUCCAUGGUCUUACAAUUCUAAAUGUCGUUUGGGCUGUAACUUCCAUCUUUGGCGUCGCAUUUCAGUGCAAGUUGCCGCGGACCUGGGCAAUAACCUCCCACCAAUGCGUGAACCAACCGGUCUUAUGGACGUUCAUCGAAGCUCUGAAUGGGUUUACAGACGUAGCACUAUCUGCCAUUCUGUGCUCCAUCGUAUGGAUCCUUCAAAUAUCAAAAGCAAAGUUUAUGCUUUUGUCGGUAUUCGCUGCGCGCAUCUUAAUCGUUCUUCCCAUUUGUUUUCGGCUUAUCUACAUAUAUCAAGCUAACAUGCCUCACAAUUCGCCGGACUGGGAUCCCACUCUCAAGGAGACGAACGUUGCAAUAGCAACAGCAGUACUCAUGAACGCCACUCUCGUGCUAACAUGCGUUCCCUUCUUGAAACCCCUGAUGGAGAAUCUUCAACCUGGAUGGUCAACUAGCGAUGUCGUUCGUGGUGUGGGCUAUAAUAUCAUGUACGGUAAAUCUACGAUUAAAUCAGGUCAAUAUGCUAUGGGCUCGGUUGUGAGCGGGGAGAGUUGCAACAGUGGAAAGGCAGCCAAGGUGAAGGACGAGGGUAUCAAGCGCACUGAUGCCUUUGAUCUGGAAAGCUGGACUGAUGAUGGCGGUCUCGAGCAUGCGGCUACUAAGCUGUGAGCAUUCGUAAUUAAAACAAUCAUAGACGGGG